AGUACAUCGACCUACGACUUCAAUAAUGUCUCUUGAACGAUGCUGGAUUAAAAGAUAUCAUGAAGAAAUCAACAUGAACAUGAACAUUGCCUUGCCUUUCAUAGUAACAGCUGCAACUUGGGACGCAAUUUCUGCACUGUGCUUCAACAUAUUCUACAGGCAAGCACUAUUUAUUAAAAAUUACUUCUGAACAACAAGAAAAUGGGUGAAAUCGUACGACACCUAGUGAUUCUGCAGCAUGGGAUUCAAGGGUGUGUUGGAGAUUUCAAAAAUCUUCUCACCACCUUUGAGGCAUGGGCUGCACCGGAAAAGCGACAGGAACUGAUAAAAGGCAAGGAAAAGGUGGAUGGAACAGGAAGGGGAACACCACUUCUCAGCGACACAUUUAGACUCAGCAAAGACGAGGAGAGCAGCAAGGCUGCUGCAAGACAGGAAAGCUCUUCCGAAGGAGAGGACGACUCUGACUCUUUGUCGUCCACUUCCAAGGCCUACAAGAACGUGGAAACCGUUUUUUACGCUGCAAAAAGUCUAGACCGCUGGUUUGGUACAAAUGAUGGGUAUGGAUGAACAUGCUUUUUCUCCCAUUUUUUUAGCAGACCAUCGACUCCCAUGAUUUAGCAGACUAUCUCGACUAUUUAGUAUACUUUUUUUUGCAGAGUGACUAUCUAGGCUGGUGCACCUUUUCAAUCCCCAUAGGAUCAAUCCACCCCUUAGCAGGACUGUGAAAGUAGGUUAGGUAGUCUGCCCCUUUGUUUUCUCCUUAGCAGAACGGUAAAAGUAGGUAUCUUCUUUAGGUUAAUGGGGAGCCGUGAUGGUAGGCUUCUAGAGGGGAGAAAGAACAUCAUCCAUACUGGUGUUGCAAAUGGAGCGCGUUUGGUGGCUAAAGAAAUCAUUGAAAUCCUCGAAAAAAGCAUCCAGGAGAAACGGCCUGUGCGAUACCUGUCUGUUAUAUUAAGAAAUAGGAGGAGUAAAAAAGGAAGUAGUACCUGCAAAGACAGAAGUCAUCUAAUUAAACGGUAUACCACACCCCACGAAUGGGCACACUACUACUACUACUGUAUUUGUAGUCGAUGGAGGAGGAAAGAAAUAUUUAUAGGAUCUUAUUUUCGUGUUCGAUCAGCAUAUUAGUACUAGUCGUAUUAAAUCACAACUAAAACGGAUGAUAUUUUUACAAGAACAGAUGAUCAUGAUGUAGAUGACGCAUCAUGAUACAAAAUAAAUAAUGAAAACCUGGUGCUAUCUACUGCUUCUAUCGAAAAGAGGAGCAGCCAUGGUCAGUUGUCGUCUCGGCUCAUAUGCGUUCUUUUGGUCUUCUAACUAUAGGUCACAGCCUAGGCGGCAUCUACCUGCGAUAUGUUUUGAAGCUUCUGCAAGAUAGAGAUUGGUUGAUCGUCACGCGUGGUGGAGGCAAAGAAACUGCUUCUACAGGAUUUUAAGACUGAAAAGGACCUGCCUCCACGUGAUGAAUCCCGAGAAAAUACUGAAGAGUUAACCCGGCGUUCCAGAUUCUCGCGCUGUGGUACUGAGGCAAGUACUAGUACUGGCUCGAGUUGUAUUUUCUUUUUCACGGGAUUACUUCACAGGGCAGGUGGACAGAUCGUUAUGGCUAGUUCUAAGCACCAUUAAAAGCCUCUACAUCUACAUCAAGUAAUGGUCAGAAUUUGCCAUCAGUCGAGGCCUUCUGCUCUCCUCCACGAGACGACGAUGAUCAACGUUUGAGUAGGACUUUAUGAAGGGGUCGUAGACGUAGAAUGGUAGAGAACCCGAAGAACGUAAUCUGAGCGUGGUGAAUCUCCUCAUCAUAUUAGUGCAACAAGUCUUGAUGUAUUAUCUUUUCUUCAGUAUAGGUGCCACGCAGUGAAGUUUUCACAGGCCAGGCAUCCAAAACCUAACCUUCUUCAGGAACACACAGUAUGACCAUGACGAUGAAAAACAUUGAACAUUUUCUACCACUACAGCGAAGUCAACAGUUCCCACGAAGAUGCACAGCUACAAUCUAGAACGACCCGUUCUAAAAACUUCCAACAGCACCCACAAAGAUGUACAACUACACUCUAGAACGACUUGUUCUAAAAACUCAUAUCCUAGGUUUAUCCCACCAAGCAAACUACUUCUAAAAACUUCAUCUUCUCAGAAGAUCGAGCUUCGGACAUUUAUGACCCUGGCCUCACCACAUUUGGGCAUUAGGAGACCGAUGACAGCAGGUAGAGGGCCGGACGGACUCUUCAACCGCGUUUUUAUGUAUGUCGCCACGUCAUUGACAAUUACGAGCAGCAGUCAAUCUCUAUCUAGAACUCUAGCUACUAGAAGUGCUGAAUAUACAUGCUGAGUGGAUUCCCUUUAGAUGAACUCAUGUAGCUGAAUGGAUUUGUCCCUUCAGAACUUCUCAAAGAGACCACCGCAAGCGGUUUAGAAGACAAGGGGACUGUGUCCCUAACCAAGAAAAGCUCUUUCUUAACCAAGAAAGAAAUGAAUCCACUCAAGAACGAGGGAUACGGAUAGUGAUUGGCUAGCGUUAAGACGAAAUCCGUUCAAGAUCUCUGCCUAGCAGGCGACGUUGACUGCGACUCUAUUAGUUGUAAUUCGGAAGACACAGAUAGGGAUAGCACUUCUCUUAACACUGUCACUGGAAGAGAUGGUGUUGUAGCAGGUGCAGCAAGUGGAGCAUCUUCUUAGGGCCGAAUCCUCACCUUUCAGGAAUAAUUCAUUCGACAUCUCCCACUUCGACAGAAUCCAAUUCUUAUUCAACGAUAUUGCUCGUCCUUCUCCGUCUCCAUGUCUACUGGCCGCGUCGUGGUCGUGGAACUCAGACUCGCACGACGACGACUACUUCUUAUUGAUGUUUUCGUCUUCGACUAGUUCUAGUAGAGUCUUUCUAAUUCCUAGAAGCUCUAGUACUAGAGUAAAUUUCUAAUUCUCGAGCAGAUCAAGCGCAGAAGGUCUUCCUCAAACUGCAAAUAAAGAGCAACAGGAUCUUAACAAGAGAAAGAAAGAAGGACCAUUGUUGCACCAGAUGGCAACACGAAGUGCAUUUUUACGCCCAUUACGUGCCUUUCGACGGAGAGUGCUCUACGCCAAUGUCUUUCAUGACCACUUAGUCCCCUACUGCACCGCAAGUAUACGACCAGCGAAUCCCUAUCGGCGGAGUAGAAGUACUGCAGAACAAAGAGCUACUUUUCGACAACGAGAAGGAGCAAAUAUUAAAGGACGCGUAGCUAGUAGUACUAGAAAAAAUGAUGAGGAUGAGGAUGUUCUUGACGAUGAAGAUGAUAAUGGAGAAGAUGUUGAACAAGAAGAUGUUCUUGGUGGAGUGGUCUCUCAUGAAAGAGAAACUUCCUGUAAAUGGGUGUACAAACAACCUCGACCAAGACCUGCCCUCGUAGACCAAGACCUGUACGCUUUUGCGAGACACGACUCUCGAAAAAGAGAACUACGGGAAAUGCUGGUUUCUCUGAACUCACUAGAUUAAGGCUCAAUACAAUUCAUUUUUGCGUGCAAUGAAUUUAUUCUCCCUGUUAGUUUUCUUCAUAGGACUGGGCAGAAUGCAGACGAAAAAUGGAAAUGAAUUGUUUUGAGCUCCUCCAAGUAGAGUGGGAGCGUGUGGAUGUGAAUUUAUCCUCCGUUGCUGCUCAUUGGCUCAUCUGCGGCCAGAUCAAACGGCUGUCACUCAUAUGAAAAGAGACAUUAUACUCAUACUCGUGACCUUAAGUAAAUUUCCGAACAAGUUCCGAUGAAAUGUACUUACGUACAGCAUCAUGAACCUCAUGGUAAAGACUUUCAUCAGAAUUUACGGAGUCGAAGUACUUCUCGGCAGGUGGGGGCAUUCUACUCGAAAACUGAAAAUAACCGAGUAAGUGACUGAAAUAAGGGAGGUAAGUAGGUUUCACAGGGCUACUCUUCCUUGUUCAGGCUUAUAACUGUGCUUAUUUCAAGUAGUUACUCGGUUAUUUCAGUUUUUCGAAUACGUGGAUGAUUUGUGAGUAUGAGUAAAUGGUUUUCCUUCCCUGCUUCAUGAAAUUUGGACCACAUCGCCGAAAAUUUGAUUAAAGGAGAUCCACUACUCCUCACUGCAGGACGCAAAUACAAAGUCUGGUGGUCAUGACGAGGAGCAGUAGCUGUUGAAGAGGAGAUACAGCAAAUAGAGGACCACAGGUUACUAGUUGUGAUGUAGUGUAGAAGUUAUUGCCAACCUAUGCAUACUUCUAGAAGGGGAUUACACUGGCGACGACGCGUCAAGACUGUAGAAGGAAGUGUACGACAUUCCGAAGUAGCACCACUUGCUUUAGACAUAAAUUAUGACAAUCAAUCGCCAUGAAGCAAGCUGCUUUAGACAUAAAUUAAUAUGACAAUCAAUCGCCAUGAAGCAGCUCGUGCUCCUGGUGGUGUGAUGAAUGUCCAUGCUAUUAGGUAUUUUCAAAGCAACAAGUCUUCCGACAGACGUGCCCCGUCUACGAGGACAGAAUAAUUGUAGUUGAUAUCUUGCUGGAGCUGGUGCGAAAUCACGACACUAGUCUUAAUUCAUACAUUUACAUACUGUCCAUUUGUGUCGGAAUCAGAUCGUCGUAAUCAGGGGCGAGGAAGAGAGAGGAAGGGAAAGGGAAAAGAAGGAAAAGCGUCGCGCAUACGAAUCAACUCGUUCACUUUCUUGAAACUUUAGCUUUACUUGCACAAGCUCCACCCAGGAGUCUAACAGCGUCAGUAGCGUAGUCCAAUCAUAAUCUUCAUGUGCAUGAGUCUAGUCGUUUCAUCAUCCGUCACCAGACUCAUUCAAUCACUCAUCUUCAUCAACCACAUCAAUCAUCCACGUGAAACUGCACUAGAUUCCUUAUUUGACUGCAUGAAGGACCAUGUAUUUUCGCUCGGAUGGAGCCUAUCUACAUUGUUUACUAUCUAAAUUAUACCACUGAUUGAAUUUG